UUCCCGGGGGUUCGCCGCCGUUAACGACACGCUAGCUUAACAUUCGGGGCGUCAAAGGUGAGCGGAAAUAAAUACAGUGUUCGCCGAAGUCAGGAGUGAGGUAUGUCGCUAAAGCUAUGGCUCCACCCCUCCCCCUGCUUGAUGAUCGCUGGAGGUUAGGCCGCAUGUCUAUUACUAGCUCUCAUAAAAAAACAAGAAAAAGGGCAUUUGGCUCCGGAUCACAGCGGAACCAUUAACACGAGCUUACGUUAGGAUUUGACUAGUUCCGUUUUUGAUUUACUCGUUCAGCGCCACGGUAACUGUUAGAGGGACUCCAAAAGUCUGUCCUCAUUUCACAACAAACAAGCGCAGAGAGCACUUCCUUGAACAAUCAGUAUCGUGAACGAAGACGCUGCUCUCUAUACCGAGAUGUUUUAUUAGUCUUUGAUUGAAUUGGAAAACUAGCUUCCAAUUGACACGUUAUCUGAGGUGUGACUAAAGAAGCGAGAGCAAAUAGUGAAUAUGGUCAGUCAUGGAGGCAAAACAGCAUGCACAGCCCACUGCAUGAAUACCAAAGUUGACUGACUCAGACUAAACUGUCUGAGCCUAAAUGUGUCAGACGAAGCUGCGGACAAUUACCAGAUCUAGAGGCCUUCAUAGCUUCUCAUUUUAGAAUACGCAGCUGUCAAAAAAAGUGGUCAACUGAAACUCUCUGUGCCAACAGCACGUUUGGGAGUAUUUUUCCUCCUUGGUUGUGCUGAGAACUAAGCGAUGGCCAUGGUGAGAGGGGGGUGGGGAGAUCCCAAUGGGGAGACUAACGGACUUGGUGACAAGGGUUACCUGAGGGGAGACGAGGACGACGGGUCACCACAAGGAGGCGGCAGCGACAUGGAGGCCGGGGAGGAUGAUAAAGGUUGUGUGGUGGACUGUGUGGUCUGUGGUGACAAAUCCAGUGGGAAACACUACGGUGUGUUUACCUGCGAGGGCUGCAAGAGCUUCUUCAAACGAAGCGUCCGGCGAAACCUCAACUAUACCUGCAGAUCAAACCGAGACUGCCAGAUUGACCAACAUCACCGCAACCAGUGUCAAUACUGCCGUUUAAAAAAGUGUUUCAGAGUGGGAAUGCGCAAAGAAGCAGUUCAGCGUGGACGCAUCCCACCUUCGCAUUCGAGCCUCAGUCCAUCCACGACUCCAGUGGGCGGUAAUGCCGGGAGCGGCGUGAGCGAGUUCUACAAUGGGCAGCCAGUGUCCGAGCUUAUCUCACAGCUCUUGCGGGCAGAGCCCUACCCCAACAGCCGCUACAGCCAUCAGUACGGCCAGCAGAUGCAGGGGGGCGGAGGAUCCGCCAUGGGCAUUGACAGCAUCUGCGAGCUAGCCGCGAGACUCCUGUUUAGCACCAUCGAAUGGGCCCGAAACAUUCCUUAUUUCCCCGAGCUGCCUGUAUCUGAGCAGGUGGCCCUGCUGCGGCUCAGCUGGAGCGAACUGUUUAUCCUUAACGCAGCCCAAUCUGCCCUGCCCCUGCACAUGGCCCCACUGCUGGCUGCCGCAGGCUUUCACUCCUCUCCCAUGUCUGCCGAGAGGGUGGUGUCCUUCAUGGACCAGGUGCGCGUCUUCCAGGACCAAGUGGAGAAGCUGACCCGCCUGCAAGUGGAUUCAGCAGAGUACAGCUGUCUGAAGGCCAUAGCGCUUUUCUCACCAGAUGCGUGUGGGCUGACAGACCCAGCUCAUGUGGAAAGCCUGCAGGAAAAAGCUCAGGUGGCCCUGACCGAAUACGAACGCAUGCAGUACCCUGGACAGCCCCAGCGCUUUGGACGGCUCCUACUGCGACUGCCAGCUCUGAGGGCGGUGCCCGCCAACCUCAUCUCUCAGCUCUUCUUCAUGCGCCUUGUGGGGAAAACACCCAUUGAGACGCUCAUCCGUGACAUGCAGCUGUCUGGCAGCUCCAUCAGUUGGCCGUAUGCUCCAGGACAAUAAUCAUUAUCAGAUGUGACCACAGAACCAGUCUGGAUGUCUCAGUUUUGUUUUUUAAACCACACAUUCACAUCUGAUAUUGACUGUAUUACCAAAUGCAACAGGGUCAUACUAUGGGAAUGGUGAACUCAGUAGUACAUUGCAGAUGGCUUGAUUUAUGUUCUGUGAACUGUUUUAUGAUGCCCAGGAGCAUCUUUGAUUUCUUUAAAAUUACUUGAGAAAUACUGGUUAUGUGCCAGCCAAAGGUAAGAUGUUAGGUACAGUUUAAUCACCAGUUAUUAUGUGGAAACUGGUUAAAACCCAAAACAACAAGGUCUUUCAGUUGGGUGUGAACAUAAAAGUCACUUUGGACUGUCCCUGGAAGCACCAGGAAAUCAAGUCCCACUCAUACUCUGUUCUGCCCUGUCCUUGUGUACCAGAAAGCCUGAAGGAGGAGGAAGUAGACAUGAUGACAUCCAAAAACCCAAACAAACCAAACUGAAACAGUCAGAACUGGGACUUAGGCAUUUGUUUUGCCAGUGAUAACUACUUGGUUUGUAUUUUUAGCUCUUUUACCCUAUCAAAGCUAAUGCAUUUCUUUGAGGAAACAUUGAAAUUUGCAAAAGCUAGUGCAAAGAUUGGAUUAUGUUUUGUGAAAUUUCCAUUUGACAGAAUACUUGCAGACUGUAUUUGUACUUUGGGUUAAGAUACAGACUUAUCUCUUUAAGAAUGAUUCAUAUUUCUUUAACGCACAUUUGAGAUAAAUGACAGAUGAAGUAGUCAUGCCCCCCCCAGAUAAAAACCAGUGAACAUUCUUCAUGAAAGUGGUGUUCAUCUAUAUGCAUAAGACAGUGUGUCUUCUUAUACAUGGUAUCUGUUUCGCUUUUGUUUUUCAUACUUACCAGUUAAUGCUAAACUGGUAAUAAAGUCACAUUAUGUAUGUUGACCAAAAGAAAUACCUCUACAGUCUGUUGAGACUCAAACGGACUCUGUCAUUCAUGGCUGUGUCAGUUUUUAAAUUUAUCUACACACUUGAGCUGCUCACUUUACACUAAAGAGGAGUGAUUGGAUCUAUCUGUCUGUUGUUUGUGUUAUGAAGGCUGUUUUUGGCAAGAAACUGGCACUUCCUGUUUUGUCUUUCGUGCUCUGGUGUGGCGUUUCACCGGUGACAGCAUGUUGUAUUGGCUCUAGUUGUGAGAUGUAAGUUUUCUAGCCUUAUAAUACAUCUGAAUGACUAAUAUUACCUCAUAUUUAGGCCUUGAAACAUAUCAGGCGGUCUAAUAUACAUAAACGCAUCAAAACGGCAACAUGUACAGUUUUCAUUUUAAUAUCUUUGUCUUUUUAAAUACUUGUGUAUGACAGCUUGAUUAAACAAAAGUAUCAUACAUUGA